GAAAUCCUCGCCUCCAUCAUCGUGUAUGUGGCGUCUGCGCUUGUCUACGCGAGACUCCAUAAAACACGUGCACUGUCAACCGCCAAAUCAAACGACAAUCAACGCCCGGCGUCCGCGAGGUAAAUCACAGUAAAAAAACAAGGAGUACCGGUACUUUACCGGGUAUACUGAUGAUGUCAGCCGGUUACUCAUCGUCCUAACAUGUGAUAAACCGACAUCUCCCCCGCGUUAUUUCAGGCUUGGGUCGGUAACUCUCCUCUUGAUUGUUUACCACGACCAUCAUGCCUUCCAAAGCCAGAACUGCUGCCCUACAAAAGAAUGCUGAUGACGUUGUCAUCGUCAGCGCAUUACGGUCUGCGAUUACCAAGUCGAGAAAAGGCGGCUUCAAGGAUACGAGACCUGAAGAGAUCCUGUCGAGUGUACUCAAAGCCGUGUAUACCCGGGUGAACCUCGACCCGAAGCUCAUCGAGGAUAUCGCGGUGGGAAACGUGUUGCCUCCCUCUGGAGGAGCUAGCGCGGCGAGGAUGGCUGCUCUCCAUGCUGGAAUCCCGAAUACGACGAGUAUCAAUACCGUUAACCGGCAGUGCUCCUCUGGGUUGAGCGCCGUGAACCAAAUCGCGAAUGAAAUUAAGACGGGGCAGAUUGAUAUUGGGAUCGGUGCUGGGGUCGAGUCGAUGACGUUUGGGUACGGUCCUUCCGCGAUGACUGAGUACUCCGAAGUCGUGCUGUCCAACCAGGAAGCGGCGGAUUGUACGAUUCCCAUGGGUAUUACCUCCGAGAACGUUGCCUCGGACUUUGGGAUCACUCGGGAGGUUCAGGAUAAGUUUGCAGCCGAGUCGUUUAGGAGGGCCGCUGCUGCCAGCAAGGCUGGAAAGUUCAAAGCGGAGAUCGUGCCCAUUAAAGUGAAGAUUGUGGAUCCCAAGACGGAGAAGGAGCAUGAGAUUGUCGUGGAAGCUGAUGAUGGGAUUAGGGAUGGUGUCACCGCGGAGAGCUUGGCUAAGCUUAAGCCUGCGUUUGCGAAGAAUGGGACUACGCAUGCUGGGAACGCGUCACAGGUGUCUGAUGGUGCUGCCGCUGUCCUUCUUACCCGUCGUUCUGUGGCUCAACGCCUCGGACUUCCUAUCGUUGGAAAGUUCGUGGCUGCUGUUGCUACUGGUGUUCCUCCCCGUAUUAUGGGUGUCGGACCGGCAUAUGCCAUUCCCAAGGUUCUGGAGAAGACCGGGUUGACAAAGGAGGAUAUUGAUUUCUUCGAGAUUAACGAGGCGUUUGCGAGUCAGGCUGUGUAUAGCGUGCAGACGCUGGGAAUUCCGUUUGAGAAGGUGAAUAGGCAUGGAGGUGCUAUUGCCAUUGGUCACCCGCUUGGUUGCACUGGAGCGCGACAAAUCGCAACAGGUUUGAAUAUCGCGAAGCAGUACAAUGAUAAAAUCUUCAUCACCAGUAUGUGUAUCGGAUCUGGUAUGGGCAUGGCUGGUGUUUUCGUGAAUGAGCAGUGAUUGUAAGAUAUUUGUAUUUGUACUGUAUGUUUUUCCGUAAUGGAGGGUUCGCUCAUUUCACACCACUUUCCAAGCCCGAUGCAUCCCGCCGGCUUAUGUAAGACAUCCA